AAGAAACAAAAAAUAAUCUCUAUCCGAUCUAUCUCAAAUUUAAUUUUGAAUAUGCGUCAAAUUUAAGCAAUUUUUCACAGCAACUCAAAUUUUAACUUCUUCUCGUGACGGAGGGAUGCCGACUCACCGUGCACCGGGCCCAGCUGUCAGAGAGCGACCUGCGUCUCCUUCCUCUGGCUAUAGUUUGAACUGCGUCGCCCAGUUCAAAUGCCGGCGGUGAGUAGAAACGUAACAAACUUUUCACCCCACCCUGACCCCACCCGCCACGCCACCCCACCCCACGCAGAGAAGCCCUCGCCACCGCGCGCGUGGCGCCUCGCCUACCAAGUGCUCGACCAAAGUUCCGCUCCGCCUCCCGCCGAGCCACGCCACGCCACGCCGAGAAGCGAGAAGCCGAAGAGUAGCUACUCGACACCGGGCGCGCGCUCGCUUGCUCCUGCUUGCGUCGCCUCGCCACCGCGACGCGACGCCGCGCCUCGCCACCGCGCGGACACAUCGCUCGCUCUCUCGCUCCAACCACUACCGCGGAUGAUGGAGGCUUUCCAGGGGGUGGACUUCGCAGCGCUGCGCGUUUGGCAGUGCGACUCGUACCUCCACGCCGACGAGGACGGGCGGUCCGUCUACCACCGCCGGCUCGGCGGCUGCGGCGGCGGCGUCGCGUUGCAGCACAACGCUGUGUGGGCCGUUUGACGAGCUCGUCGUCGGGGAGCCGCCCACGCGGUACGUUCUCCUCCGCGGUGCCUACGGCCGCUACCUCGGGACUCUCGACCCCGGCGACCGUGAGCGCGGUGCCAGCUGGAGGUCGGCGCCAUCAUGUGGCGGGCCACCGGCUGCUCUAGCGUCGUGAGUCACGGUGCCCGCGGGCGUCGUUCUUCUGCUGGACAGGUCCGGGCGCUAUCUGCGCGGCAACAAAAACUUUCUGGCUCGCCGCCGCAGCGUAUCCGUCGACGACAACGUUGACAAGGAAACAACGUGUUGCGGUGGGAGGUGGUGCCCGUCGACAGGCUGGAGCUACCGAUCAUGGCCGAUUGCAACUUGACUAGCUCGUGCUCGCUGUAUCGGGAGAUCCGGUUCGUGACGGCCGAAGACGCCGCAGCCGCUGACGCUGGCCAAGUACACUAGGAGUCAUGUCAGUUCGCCGGGAGGUCAGUGCAGCUCCUGAGAGAGAAGCUUGCGGGCAUUGUGGGCUACGAUGAGUUUAUGCUGUGCGUCCGCACCGGCCUCCAUGGGCGGCUCACCCCUCUGCUCAUCAACCUGCCUCGCAGUCAGGAGACCCUACAUAUCGUCCUUAUUAGGACCAACACCACAGGGGAUGAUAAAUUGUUGUCCUCAACUCUGACUGACGAGAUGCAGCCAAUGAACUCCAUGGGGGCUGCUGGCUCCUCCACCGCUACGGGUGCUGCUGGCUCCAACCACACCGCCGAUUCUACAGUUCCACCGUCGCUGCUGUCUUCAGAGCAUCACCGCUCGACUGAGUCGGACCCGUCAGCUGAGCACGAGCGCCACGACAUCACCAAGAACAACCUCAGUGGCGGCAUGAGGGCAGUCGAUGCCGAGGCCUCCUCUUCCUCAGCUGUGGACAUGGCUAGCGGCAAGAGAGCCAAGGGUAAAGGAAGGAUAAAUACCGAAGUGGACAAUGACAGGAUGGUAUUGUGGACUAAUUUAGAGAAGGCAGAGGAUGAUCUUUGGCUCAGAGAGGAGCAGCUUUCAAUUGAAAGAUUAAUUCUGUGUCAAAAAGCACUGGAGAUGGAGGAAUCUGAACGUGUUCACCGACGUAUACAGAGCUGUCUUUUUCGCUGGAACACUUACGCUCUCUCGGGCAAUGAAGAUUUGUUGUCCCCGUUGAUUUUUGCUCCAAUGCCCAGGCCUGAUAAAACUUCGACUCCCCAAAUAUUCAGCACUGAGAAUACAGUUGUUGCUCCCAGUCCGACUGCUCAGAAUACAAGUGCUGAUGUCACAGAUACGGGAGACAAGGACGUUUGGAAUAAAAGACAAAUUGGCUAUGUCUACAUAUUGGGCACAUCUUUAGCCGUGUUAUUCUUUCUCCGGCCUCUGUUGCCCGCUGGUUAUGGUAUAUGGAUGCUUGCAGCAUUUGCAACUAUCUGGGGCUUCGGGAGCGUUGGUCUCCCUGCCGGGAUGUUUGGGGAGAAGUUUCCAAAGAUCUUCAGUCGGCAUAUGGGACAUGUCCUGUAUGCGGCCUUUUCAGUUCUAGUCAUAUACAGCAUCUAUCUUUUGGCACUGAGUACGCCAACUUCGCCAUUGGCCCCUCCUCCACCCUCGUCACCUUUGGCCCCUGCAGUUCACGACAAUGAGUUGUGGUUUUGGAGGUUGGUUUUUGGCUUCAUUGGCAGUGUGGUGCUAUUUGGGCAUUUGUAUUUGUGGGCAAGGAGCUGUUGUACGGGCGUUGAUCAAGACCCGGACCUUUAGGAAAUGGAAUUGAUUUUAUCAGGCAAUAUGUCGAAGAUUCCUUCCAAUAGCUGACAGAUGGGUGUUUCUCGAUCCCUUUCUUGAUUUUGUUCAUCCCAGACCCGUUUAGGCAUGGUAUACAACAAUACACUAUCCUGCAGUUUAGUGUGCUCUCUCUGUGACGGCUGUGUCGAUCGUACCACUCUAUAUCCUGCUGUCAGGUGUUUUCCUCUUUUUUACCUGUGACAGAUGGUGCAUGCGUCAUACGCUGUGGGAUCGUGUUCCUUAUGAGAUUAACUAUACACACUAUUAUGUGC